AAUGAAUCAAAAAAUAGGAGAUAAUUGUAGUGCAAAUAAUUCUCAUGUUUAUACCGUUUGCAAUUCCGAAAGCGUUUCAGAAUUGCCUAUAGGUAAUAUUAAACUCUUAGAAGAACGUCUCAAGCGUUACGAAAAUGAAGCAGGUCAAAUAGAAGCAAUCAUUGAAAUUGAAGAUUCAAUGAAUGUUGAUCUUUGCUUUGUUUUAUACUGCACAGGCUCUAUGGAUGAUCAUAUCAAAGCAGCAAAAAAGCAUAUAUUAAAAGUAGCUAGCUUUGUAAAAAGCAAUAAUUCAAAUAUAGAAUUCUGGGUUUGUUUCUGCGGCUAUCGCGAUCACUCUAAUAAUUUUAGUGAUCGCUUACAAAAUUUUGAUUUUACUAAUUCUCUCGAAAAAUUUCAAACGUAUAUAGCCACUAAAGUAGCGACUAUAUGUAAUAAUGAUGGUCCAGAAGAUGUCUUAGGUGGACUUAAUGCUGCAAUAACUCAGAUGACAUGGAGUAACGCCACUCGUAUUCUUAUUCAUAUCGGCGAUGCGCCACCACAUGGCCAUCGUUUUACCAAUUUAUAUGACGAAUAUCCAGGCGGUGAUCCGUAUGGUUUAACUGAGAAAUUUCCUGUAUUUGAUCUUAUGACAACGGGAUAUAAUCCUGCGGUAUUAGUCAAUAAAUUUUACAAGGCUACUAGCUCUGCCAUCUUUUCUUCUAUUACACUAACUACAACUUUAAGAAACUCGAAAAGUAUAUACUCUUUGCAACGAAAAAAACUUCAAGUCAAUCCACAUGAACCUGAUUGGACUACUCUUCCAGAGAAAACAGGAAAACUUUUACAUUGUAUUUUGCCUAAAACUCUGGCUGAAGUUAAAGAUGAAUAUUAUUUUAUCAAUUCAAGCUUUACUGAGCAAGAUAUUUCUUUUAAAAGUGCACCAGAACCAUUCUCCAACGGCACAAUAGAAAAAUAUUUAGAAUCAGUGGAAAUCAUUAAUAUUGCUUAUUUUCUUUCAACAAUAUUCAAUGCAGCUGCUCAACAG